AUGUCCACUGCUCAGUUCGCCAACGGCCUCGGCAACGUCCGCAUCGCCGACCGCAAUCACAUCAACCCUUUACUCCAGGGCAUCCUCUACAGCACCGACCGCAAGGCCCAGGUCGCCGUCCUCCAGGAAGAGAGCCGCCGCUCCUCCAUCUCCUCAACCUCGUCGUCUGCCCCCCUCACGUCGCGCAAAAACUCGGCCAUUUCACCCGACGUCGUCGCUCAUGCGUCGUACUCCAAGGCGAAGCGCAGCAAGUCGUCACUCUUUGGCAUGUCUGGCCAUGGCAAGAAUAGCGGUGUCGUUGGCAUCACCAAGAUGCUGUAA